CCAGGUAUUUCAGUUGUCACAGAAAUAUUACAGGGGAGAGGAAGAAAUUUUCCCAACAUAUAUUAUACCAGAAGGACACAUUGAACUAGAGAAUGAUUCAGUGGAAGCGGAAGAAGGAGAAGAAGAGAGUUUGGUAAUUGUGAAGCUGCUGUCCAAGUAAGAAUCUAACCUAAAAAGGUUACAGCAUUUGGCCUGUUAAGAAACCAUAAUGACUCACCUGCUUGAAAAGUUGUUCAUUUUCCUCCUGCUUUGUGCACUGCUGGGAUUAUUUUUUUCUAUUCAAUGGCACACAGAAAUGACAGAUCAUAAAGAAGAUUGGCUGAAAAUGCAAAAUGAUCGUCAAACCAUAUUGGAUUCCAUCUGCCUGAGCAAGAAUUUAACAAAUUUAAAAAGAAAGCUGGAUGAACAUGUGGCUAGACAGCUCUUUGUGGAUGAGAACUACAAAUUUAUCUAUUGUGAGGUGCCAAAAGUAGGCUGUACUAAUUGGAAGAAAAUUGUUUUGCUACUCACGCUGAACCUGAGCAGGCACGCCUUUGAAGUAAGCCAGGAUGAGAUUCAUAAAACAAACCUUCUAAAGCGGUUGAGUUCUUAUCCAUCUAAACAACAAGCAAAACUUUUGAACUCCUUUACAAAAGUGAUGUUUACCAGGCAUCCUCUAGAAAGAUUGGUCUCUGCUUACAGAGACAAAUUAUUGCAUGAUGAACCUUACUAUCGUACCACAGUGGCAAAUGAGAUUAAAGCCAUGUUUAGGAAGGACAACAAUUUUACAGGGGCUGUGACUUUUCAAGAGUUUGUAAACUAUGUUGUGACAAGAAGUAAUGAGUAUUUGGAUGUACAUUGGAAACCAAUGUUCCAGUUGUGUGAUCCCUGCAAUAUUCACUAUGACAUUCUGGGAAAGUAUGAGACGCUGGGGGAGGAUGUCAGUCAUACUCUCAGCAGAAUUGGAGUUACAGAGAUAGUCCGUUACCCAGACAGUAAGUUUUAUACACAAAGGACAAACAAGAAGCUCACUAUCCAAUAUCUAAAAAAACUGGAUUGGAACCAAAUGGAGAAACUCAUGAAACUUUAUCAGCCAGAUUUCUCUUUAUUUAAUUACACUUUUACUGUUGAAAUGGAAAUGACAUUUUCAGGCUAAGUCAUACCUCUAUUUUCUGCAUACCUACCUUUGGGAGUAAGGCAAGAACUUGCUAGGAAAAAAAACACACUUUUUAAGAUGAUAUAUAUUUUAAAAAAAUACAUUUCUUUAGGUGGCUAUCUGUUUCUAAG